AUGACCCUUUCUAGCGGUGCCCUUGUAGCCACCAUCUGCGCCGUCAUCGCCCUCCUCGGAGCCCUCAUCAGUGCCGUCGUCGUCGUCAACCGUCGCCGCCGCGAUAACAUCAGGGCCAUCGGGCUCCAGCGGUUGAAUCCCACCACCUUGCCGCCUCCUAUUCUCGCCGUAGGAGGGCGCCAGCCUGGACUUGUCCACCAGGCACCUCCACAGCAACACAUACGCUUCGCGAGUACUCAGUACCCUCGCCAAGCCGCCGGAGGGGCGCCCUCCUCGGGUAAUGGACGUAAGAUUGCCGGGAGACCACCACAUCACUAG